AUGAUGACCGCAGCUCAUUAUUACCCAAAGCUCAUGAGCAUCAUGGGGAACGUUUUGCGCUUCCUGCCAGCUUUCGUGAAGAUGAAGCAGCUGAUCCAAGAGGGUUACGUAGGGGAGUUGCUGGUGUGUGAGGUGCAGGUUCACAGCGGAAGCCUGCUAGGCAAGAAGUACAACUGGAGCUGUGAUGACCUGAUGGGAGGUGGGGGUUUGCACUCAGUUGGCACCUACAUCAUCGACCUCCUGACCUUCCUCACCAGCCAGAAGGCCGUGAAAGUGCACGGGUUGCUCAAGACCUUUGUGAAGCAGACGGACCACAUCAAGGGGAUACGGCAGAUCACCAGUGACGACUUCUGUACGUUUCAGAUGGUCCUGGAAGGUGGCGUGUGCUGCACGGUGACGCUGAACUUCAAUCUCUACGGACAGAGCAAUAGCUCUCCUCAGCGGGAGCUCCUGCUAAAGGACUCUACGCCGGUCAGCAACUCCUUACUUCCAGAGAAGGCCUUCAGUGACAUCCCAUCGCCCUACCUCCGAGGCACCAUUAAGAUGGUUCAAGCUGUCCGGCAGGCAUUUGAGGACCAGGACGACAGGAGGACCUGGGAUGGGAGGCCCCUCACAAUGGCUGCCACUUUUGACGACUGUCUGUAUGCCCUGUGUGUGGUGGACACCAUUAAAAAGUCAAACCAGUUGGGGGAGUGGCAGAACAUUUCAAUCAUGACUGAGGAGCCAGAACUGAGCCCGGCAUACUUAAUCAGCGAAGCCAUGCGGAAGAGCAGGAUGUCUCUGUACUGCUAGCUCCUCUCAGCUCCUAAGAAAGAAUAGGAACCAGACAGCUCUCGAACGAAAUGGUAAUUCAGCCCCUGUGAAGGGCUUGGGCAUCUUAGAAACAGCUGAGGAUAUGGGAGAAGGAAAUACAGUGUUUGGAUCAAUUAAAUCUGUUGGUGGCUAAAUGCCAAAGUGAUAAGGUCCUUAGAAAUGCCCAAAACAGACAGGAGACUUAAGAGCUGACAUAACUUAACUGUUCUAAUAACAGUAUUAGCUGGCUGAUUGGAAAGAUAUAUCAUGGACUCAUCUCCUGCUUGCAGGUGCUUUAGAUUAUCCAAUUGUGUUUACUGUGAAAGGUUGGGAAGAUCCUUUUAGAUUUUCCUUACCUACCAGAGGGCUGUGAAGGUACUGUCAUGUCAUUAAAUUUUCUGUAGUGUCUGACAUGAAUGGUUCCUACCAUGACA